UCCAUUGAACGCUGCCUCACGUCGGAAACGUGACUGCUUGUAAUUAUCAUUAAGUAUGGAGAGCUAUCGCACGGAGGAGACGAUAGCGCGAAAUAAUAAAGCGGUAGAUGCGUUUCGAGUACCCAAGAUCCUCAAUACGAAGGUAGAGCCGCUGUUCUCUUUGCCGCCGGAGUUGAUGGGCACUAAGAGAUACAAGAGAAAAGGAGGCGGCGAGCUAAUUAAACGAAAAGAAAAGGCGCAGAGAGUCCACGGGAGUCUUUACACCGCGGAGCGCCUUCGCAAGGAGAACUUUCGCAGAUUUAUGGUGGGUUUAAUAGCGAAACCAGAGUUACCGGCGAUGGGCGUGGAUCUGAGUGACGAUAAAGACGUCAAUCGUUAUUAUUAUUACAUCUGCAACGGCGUCGACACGAUUCACACGGCGAGCAUCGGCCAAGACUACCUCGACGCGAUACUCGGCUUGGUCCCCGGCAAUUUGCGUGAACGAUUUCCCGAUUUCACCGAUAAUUUGAUGACCGAGAUCAAGGAGGAUUUCACGAGAAAUAUCAAGAAGGCCAUUGUCGAGUUCGCGCUCGCCGAUCCUUUCGAGAGUUAUCCACCCGAGGUAACGGAGCGCGUUCGGUCGGAUUUGCGAGGACACAUACGGCGCUGUCGCGAGGUCCUGCGAGCCGAUUUGCACUUGCUCAAUCCGUGCAUGCGAAUGACCCUGGAGCAUUGGGUGCGCGAUUACAGCGAAUUCCGUCUGAUCAACAUGAAGCGCAUCGGCGCGCACGAGGGAAGCUGGGACUUGGCGGACUUCAACAGCUCGAUCGUCCGUCAGAUCGUCGACAAUCGGCAAGUCCUCAGCAAGUUCUGGUACAUCGGAAUCCAAGAGAUAUUCCUCGCGAACAACAGGAAGAAUCUGGUGCCCAGCCCGUUGCGACGCAAGCAAUUUAAAAAAUUCUUCGAUUGCACCGCCCGCCUGAUGGAGUCGCAGCUUUUAAACGCCUGCAAGUACUCCCUUCGGGAUUUCGUCGAUUAUGUCGUGCACGGUAAGCCGGCGGUCUGCAGCUUCAGGCUGAACAUCCUCGUCGUCUCCAGUGAGAUUGUCUUCGAGCCGUCCUUCGACAAAUUGAAAGAGUCGCUCUGCAACAUUCUCGAGAUGAUAUGCGACGCGACGAGGAAUUUCGAGAGACUGGAGACGCAGCUCUACCUCGACUGGGCAGGCCCGCAAGAAUUCCUCAAGCCGAAGAUCUCGCAGCCCAUCGUGGAGCGCCUCAAGACGCAGAUACGAGAGCUGAUCGACCACGAGAGGAUAAUCCCGGAGCAGAAGAUGGCCGAGCUGAAGAAGUACGCGCCUCUCUACAACGGCGAGGAACUGGCUCGGGUGGAGGUUUUCGUGCGGGACGAGAGUAAAAAACUGGACGAGUUCGACGAGCAGAUUAAGCGCUAUCACGAGUUGGCCAGCCGAAUCGCGACGGACGUCGAGAGGACGAUGUUUGUCGGCUUCUUCGAGAUCUCCCACGCGCCCUUCGUCGUCACCGUCACCGGCAAUGUCGAGCACUUCAAAGGACUGUUGCUUCGUCAUCUGGUCGACAAGUAUCAGGCCACCGCCAUGGGCGUUGUAGCGGAAUAUGAAGCCAUAGUCCAGCGAGCCUUGACCCCCCCUCUCAAUACCGCGGCUCUGAUGGAGCUUACCAGGUUCGCGCGGACGAUCAGCGACGUCACGAUGAAGAGCCUGGAGCUCAAGCUGGUGGACACCAUCAUGCACGUCGUGUUUCUGUCGGAUUACUGGCUGCUCACGGACAGCGAGAUAAGUAUCAACAGCAGGGCCUUCCAACUGUACCACAGGAUGCCCCAGGUCUUCGAGGACAAUCGGGUCAUCAUUGAAACGAAGACGUUGGAGUUUCAAGAAGCGUUGAGAGUCCGAUACCAAAAGUUUGCGGAGGAAUUGGAUUCCUACCAGAAACAGGUGGAAGAGAUGCAAUACUGGGGCGACAUCGACGAGAUAUAUCGUUACCAGCGCAAAGCGCAGCUCCUGGAGGAGAGAUUGAUCAUGGCGAUGGAUAAGAUCGAUAAGUUCAACGCGGAGGAGGCCGCCUUCGGUUGGGAGAUCACGCAGUAUCCUCUGCGAAAGCGAAUUGCGGACCGUCUGCAGCCGUUCAAGAAGCUUUUCGACAGCGCCUGCGAGUUUCUCACGAAGCACGACAAGUGGAUAAACAGCAUGGUCGGCAUGUAUCGCCCGGAGGACAUCGACAAUGACGUGGGAAACUUUUACAGGAUGAUCUACAAGCUGGAGAAAGGAUUCCAGGAACCGGACGUGCGGGACUUGGCGCUCAUGGUUCGCGAGAGGAUCGAGGACUUUCGGCAGUACAUGCCGGUGGUGAUGACGCUGGGUAAUCCCGGCAUGAAGUCGCGGCACUGGGAGGAGGUCUCAGCGAUCGUGGGCAUUCCCAUCAAGUUCGACCCCGACUUGACCUUGGGCAAGGUACUGAGCAUGGAGUUGGAGGCGUACAUCUCUCAGUUCGAGGGUAUCUCCGAGAACGCGACGAAGGAGAGCGCUGUGGAGAACGCCAUCGACAAAAUGCAGAGAGAAUGGACCGACCUGGUCUUCACGGUGAAUCUCUACAAGGACACCGACACUUUCGUCAUCGCCGGCGUCGACGACAUACAGCUUCUGCUCGACGAUCACAUCAUGAAGGCCGUGACCAUUAAGAACUCGCCGUACAUCAAGCCCUUUGAGGCCAGAAUUAUCAAAUGGGAGAAGACGUUGCUCUUGCUGCAGGACAUCCUGGACCAAUGGCUGAAGGUCCAGGGUGUCUGGAUGUACCUCGAGCCGAUUUUCACUUCGCCGGACAUUCAGCAACAAAUGCCCGAGGAGGGAAGAAAGUUCUCCACGGUCGACAAGAUAUGGCGGGACAUCAUGAAGAACGUCCAAAGCGAUCCGCGCGUUCUCAUAGUCGUCGAGAUCGACAAGAUGCUGGAACGACUGAGGAAGAGCUUCGUGCUCUUGGAGCAGAUCCAGCUGGGCCUGAACGAUUACCUGGAGAAAAAGAGACUUUACUUCCCCAGAUUCUUCUUCCUUUCCAACGAUGAGCUGCUGGAGAUCCUGUCCGAGACAAAGGAUCCGACACGGGUGCAACCGCAUCUGAAGAAAUGCUUCGAGGGCAUAGCGCGAUUGAGGUUCAACGAGGACCUCGAGGUGCUGUCGAUGCAGUCGUCGGAAGGCGAGAUGGUCGAUCUGACGGAGAUCAUAUCGACCACCGCCGCCAGAGGACAAGUAGAGAAGUGGCUGGUCGAGCUCGAGACGGAGAUGCGGAAGAGCGUGCGACACGCCGUGAUCCAGGCGAUACUAGCAUAUCACACGAAGGAAAGGACCACCUGGGUGCUGGAAUGGCCCGGCCAGACUGUCCUCUGCAUAGGUCAGAUGUAUUGGACGCAACAGGUCGAGGAAGCCAUGUCUAAGGGGAUCGAAGGCUUGAAGAGAUAUUUGGAUCAGUCCCAGCAGGAACUGAAUAACAUUAUCCUGCUGAUCCGAGGGGAACUCUCGAAGCAGAACCGCACCACUCUGGAGGCUUUGGUCACGCUGGACGUACACAGCAAGGACGUCCUCGAGGCAUUAUACAAGGACGGAGUGGUGAAGAAUACCGACUUCCAAUGGCUAUGUCAACUGAGAUACUACUGGCUGGAGGACAACAUGCGGGCGUACAUGAUCAACUCUUAUCAACGCUACGGUUACGAGUACCUCGGCAACACGACUCGCCUGGUGAUCACUCCGCUGACCGAUCGAUGCUACCGUACUCUCUUCGGCGCGCUCAGCCUUCACCUGGGUGGCGCACCCGAGGGCCCGGCCGGUACCGGCAAAACGGAGACGACGAAGGACCUCGCGAAGGCAGUGGCGAAACAGUGCGUCGUCUUCAACUGCUCCGAAGGCCUCGACUACCUCGCGCUCGGCAAGUUCUUCAAAGGACUCGCCUCUUGCGGCGCCUGGUCCUGUUUCGACGAGUUCAACCGCAUCGACCUGGAGGUCCUAUCGGUCGUGGCCCAGCAGAUCCUCACGAUCCAGCGCGGCAUCAACGCCGGCAUCGAGAAGAUGAUCUUCGAGGGUACGGAGAUCUACUUGGACCCCACUUGCGCCAUCUUCAUCACCAUGAACCCCGGCUACGCCGGUAGGUCGGAGCUACCGGACAAUCUCAAGGCUCUCUUCCGACCGGUCGCCAUGAUGGUGCCCGAUUACGCGCUCAUCGCGGAGAACACUCUGUACUCGUACGGUUUCUACAACGGCCGACCUUUGGCCGUGAAGAUCGUCACCGCCUAUAAGCUGUGCUCGGAGCAGCUCAGCAGUCAGCAUCACUACGAUUACGGCAUGAGGGCCGUCAAGUCUGUCCUCAUCGCAGCUGGCAAUCUCAAGCUGCGCUACCCCAACGAGUCCGAGGAUAUUCUCAUGUUGAGGAGUAUCAUGGACGUCAACCUGCCUAAGUUCUUGCUCCACGACCUGCCGCUGUUCGAAGGCAUAGCCUCGGAUCUGUUCCCUGGCGUGGUCCUGCCGACGCCGGACUAUACGCACAUCAACGUCUGCACGCAGGAAGCCUGUGCCGCGACGAAUCUGCAGUGCACGGACUUCUUCCUGGAGAAGAUCCAGCAGAUCUACGAGAUGAUGAUCGUGCGACACGGCUUUAUGCUCGUCGGAUUGCCGUUCGGCGGCAAGACUUCAGCGUACAGGACGCUGGCGGAAUGCCUCAGCCUGCUGGAGAGCAGGCAACUGAUGAGCGAGCAUCGGGUGGAGAUCAGCGUGAUCAAUCCCAAGGCUGUCACCAUGGGCCAGCUGUACGGCCAGUUCGACCCCGCGUCGCACGAGUGGAGCGACGGGAUCCUGGCGGUGUCUUAUCGCGCCUUCGCGACCUCCACUAAUCUCAACAGGAAGUGGCUCGUCUUCGACGGGCCCGUAGACGCCAUUUGGAUCGAGAAUAUGAACACGGUGCUAGACGACAACAAGAAGCUUUGCCUCACCUCCGGAGAGAUCAUUCAGCUAGCGCCCACGACGAGCUUGAUCUUUGAACCGAUGGAUCUGGAGGUCGCGUCGCCCGCCACGGUGUCGCGAUGCGGCAUGAUCUACAUGGAGCCGGCGAGCCUUGGCUGGACACCGCUCUUGCUCUCGUGGCUGAACACGUUGCCGGCUACUCUGGACGAGAAUAUCAAGGGCGACUUGAAGGAGAUGUACCUACGAUUUUGCCCGCCUCUGCUGCAUCUAAUACGCCGCUGUGGCGCGAAGGAAAUUAUAACGAUGCCGGAUGCCAAUCUGACGCGCUCGGUAAUGUACCUGUACGACUGCUUCCUGGACGAUUAUCACGACGAGAAGUACGUAGGCGCGCUGUCGGAUUUCAAUAUGAGAGCUCAAGUGGAGGGCUGCUUCUUCUUCUCCUGUAUUUGGGCCAUGGGCGGCACACUGAUGGCCAACUACCGCGAGUGGUUCAACGUGCUGUUCCGAGCGCUGCUGGCUGAUCAGUUCCCGAAGGCUGUGCGGGCACGCUUCGACAUCCCGCUGGAAAUCAGUGACCCGAAGCGGCCCUACGCGGUUCCUCUGCCGCUCGCUGGCUCCGUCUUCGACUAUAAAUUCAUCAAGGAGGGUAGGGGCAAGUGGACGCCGUGGUUGGGUGACCUCAAAGACGUUCCGCCGAUCCCCAGAGAUAUGCCGGUGAAUCAGAUCAUCGUCUCCACGGUGGAGACCGUUCGGUACUUUCAUCUUUUCCACUACCUCGUCACUCAUCACAAGCCGGUCCUCUUGGUCGGGCCGACCGGCACCGGCAAGUCCGUUUACAUCAUGGAAUACUUGCUGAAGAGGACCAACCCCGAGAUCUUUAAGCCGCUCUUCGUGAUAUUCUCGGCGCAGACCACGGCCAAUCAGACACAGGAUAUUAUUAUGAGCAAACUGGACCGCAGGAGAAAAGGUCUCUACGGUGCUCCGCCCGGCAAGCACUGGGUGAUCUUCGUGGACGACCUGUCCAUGCCGCAGAAGGAGGAAUACGGCGCGCAGCCGCCGAUUGAGCUCCUGCGGCAAUGGCUGGACCAUCACAUGUGGUACGACCGGAAGGAGAUAAUGCCGUUGAAGCUGGUGGACAUGCAGCUCAUGUGCGCGAUGGGGCCGCCCGCGAGCGGGCUGGACGUCACGCCGCGUUUCAAGCGGCACUUCUUCACCCUCGGCAUCUCCGAGUUCGAGGACGACGUGCUGAUCACUAUUUUCGGCAGGAUCGCUGCCUGGUAUUUUGUCACCCGCGACUUCCCGGACUUCUUCGGACCGUACGUGGAACACAUGGUCUACGCAACUCUCGACGUGUACAAAGAGACUAGGAAGAACCUGCUGCCGACCCCCGCCAAGUCGCACUACCUGUUCAAUCUGCGGGACUUCUCCAGGGUCAUCCAAGGGGUGCUGCUCUCCACUCCCGAGGGCAUCCCCGAUCUGAGCGGCAUGAAGCGUUUGUGGGUCCACGAGGUCCUUCGCGUUUACGGCGACCGACUGAUCGACGAGACCGACAACAAGUGGUUGGUGGAGCAGCUUCGGAAAACCAUGAGGGAACGUAUGCAAGGCGACAUGGACCAGCUAUUCGCGGACUUGCUGGAUGAAUCUAGUGUGCGACUGACCGAGGUGCACCUGCGAAACCUCAUCUACUGCGACUUCCACGACCCGAUGGCGGAUCAAAAGGUGUACAUUGAGAUCCAGGACUGGGAUGCGCUCGCUACAGCGGUCGAGGAAUAUCUUGUGGAAUACAAUUCGAUCUCGAAGACGCCCAUGGAUCUGGUACUCUUCAGAUUCGCGAUAGAGCAUCUCUCGAGGAUCUGCCGAGUGCUGAUGCAGCCACGAAGCCACGCUCUCCUGGUCGGCAUGGGUGGUUCAGGUCGACAGUCCUUGACGAAACUGGCGUCUCACAUAUCCGACUACGAGCUCUUCCAGGUCCAAAUGACCCAGCUGUAUGGCAUUCACGAGUGGCGCGACGACCUCAAGACCAUCCUGCGGAAGAGCGCAGCGAGCGAUUUGCACACAGUCUUUCUCUUUAUGGACACACAGAUUAAAGAAGAGACUUUCCUGGAGGAUGUCAGCAACCUUCUCAAUUCUGGCGAGGUGCCGAAUCUCUUCGCGGCCGACGAGAAGAUCGAGAUUUGCGAGCAAAUGCGAGUCAUCGAUCGGCAGAGAGACAAAUCCAUGCAGACGGACGGCAGCCCGAUCGCGCUCUUCAACUUCUUCGUGCAGACAGUGCGCGAGCACCUGCAUGUGGUGCUGACGAUGUCGCCGAUCGGUGACAACUUCCGCACGCGGAUCCGCAAGUUUCCCGCCCUGGUAAACUGCUGUACCAUCGACUGGCUGCAGCCGUGGCCGGAGGACGCGCUACUCGCGGUGGCGACCAAGUUCCUGGAUGCGAUCGACAUGCCGACGGAGGAGCGUCAGGCCUGUAUCGAGAUGUGCCAGUAUUUCCACACGUCCACGCAGGACCUCACGAAGGAUUUCUGCAGGAUGUUGAAUCGUUACAAUUAUGUCACCCCGACGUCCUACCUCGAGCUCAUCAAUACUUUCAAGGAUCUGUUGAACCGCAAGAGGAAGGAGGUUCUGGACGGCAAGAAGCGCUAUGAGGGCGGACUCGACAGGCUGGACAGCACGCAUAAACAGGUGGAAAGGAUGCAGGAGAUCCUGGUGGCCCUGCAGCCGAAGUUGUUGGUGGCCGCGAAGGACGUGGAGGGUAUGCUAUUGGAUGUGCAGCAUGAGAGCGAGGAAGCCAGCGCUAUCGAGCAGGUCGUUAAGAAGGACGAAGAGGCCGCUCUGGUCGUCGCGGCGGAAGCCGAUGCAAUCCGCGCCGAGUGCGACGCGGAUCUACAGGAAGUAAUGCCGAUACUGAACGCGGCAAACGAAGCUUUAAAUACCCUGACUCCGCAGGACAUCCAGAUCGUGAAGUCCAUGAAGCGCCCGCCAGCCGGCGUGCGAUUGGUUAUGGAAGCAGUCUGCAUAUUGAAAGAUGUGAAACCGGAGAAAGUCCAAACCCUGGAGGGUGCGGUGGACGACUACUGGAAGCCGUCUUUGCGUAUGCUAGGCGACAUGCACUUUCUAGAGUCUCUGCUCACCUAUGACAAGGAUAACAUCCCGGAGAGGAUUAUGACGAAGAUCCGCACAACGAUCCUGACGAACCCAAACUUCGACCCAGAGCGCAUCAGGACUGUGUCGACCGCCUGCGAGGGUCUCUGUCGUUGGGUGUUUGCCUUGUCGGAAUACGACAAGGUUGCCAAGGUGGUAGCGCCUAAGAGACAGGCUCUGGCGCAAGCUGACGCUGACUACACCUCCGCGAUGGAGCAGCUGAAUCUGAAGAGGAGCCAACUGCAAGAGGUGCAGGACAGACUGGCCAAUCUCGAGACUCUGUUAGCUCAACGGAAGGCGGACUAUCAGGCGAUGACCGACGAGGUGAAGGACUGCGAAGAGAAGUUGAGGAGAGCCAAGGAGCUGAUCAAUAGACUUGGUGGCGAGUACACCAGAUGGUCGGAGAACGCCAAGUCGCUCGGUGAAAAGUACUUCAAGUUAACAGGCGACAUCCUCAUUAGUUCGGGGGUGGUGGCUUAUUUGGGCGUGUUCACGACGCAAUUCCGGCAGCAGCAGGUAGACAACUGGGUGGCGUUCUGCACGAGUUUGAACGUCGUUUGCACUCAAGACUAUCAGCUAACCCAGGUGCUAGGCGAGCCGGUGCUCAUCAGGUCCUGGAACAUAUUCGGUCUACCGAGCGACCUCUUCUCCAUCGACAACGCUAUCAUUGUCACGAAAUCGCGCCGAUGGCCGCUCAUGAUCGACCCGCAGGGCCAGGCGAACAAGUGGGUGAAGAACAUGGAGAAGGCGUUCAACUUGAACGUCAUCAAGCUUACCCAGCUGGACUACAUAAGGAUCUUGGAGAACGCCGUGCAGUUCGGACAGCCGGUGCUGCUGGAGAACAUCGGCGAGGAGCUGGACGCGGCCCUGGAGCCGUUGCUGAUGAAGCAGACCUUCCGGUCCGGCGGUACGCUCUGCAUCAAGAUCGGCGACAGUGUCAUCGAGUAUUCCGACAAGUUUCGCUUUUACAUCACUACGAAACUGCGAAAUCCGCAUUAUCUGCCGGAAGUGGUGGUGAAGGUGACGUUGCUGAACUUCAUGAUCACUCCAGUCGGUCUGGACGAUCAGCUUCUGGGCAUAGUCGUCGCUAAGGAACGACCCGAUCUGGAAGCCGAGAAGAAUCAGCUGAUCGUGCAGGGAGCGGAGAAUAAAAAGAUGUUACAAGAGAUAGAGAAUAAGAUCCUGGAGGUGCUGUCGAGUUCUGAGGAGAAUAUACUCGAGGACGAAACCGCCAUUGCCGUGUUAAGCUCCUCAAAGACUCUGUCCAACGAGAUUCAAGCUAAGCAGACCGCCGCCGAGGUCACCGAGAAGUCUAUCGACGCGGCGAGAUUGCAGUAUACGCCGAUCGCAGUCUACAGCACGGUUCUGUUCUUCACGAUCGCCAUGUUGGCGAACAUCGACCCGAUGUACCAAUACUCCCUCGCCUGGUUCGUCAAUCUCUUCAAGAAUACGAUCGAAAAUACGCCGCGCGCGGAGGACAUAAAGCAACGUUUGGAGGACCUCACCAAGUACUUCACCUACUCACUAUAUGUGAACAUAUGCCGCUCGCUCUUCGAGAAGGACAAGCUGCUCUUCUCGAUCCUGUUGUCGGCGAAUUUGCUGAACAAGCAGGGCGAGCUCUCGAUGGCCCAAUGGAUGUUCCUGCUGACCGGCGGCGUCGGCCUCGAGAAUCCCUUCGUCAAUCCCACCGAUUGGCUGCCGUCGCGGUCCUGGGACGAGUUGUGUCGACUGGACGGCGUGCCGGGAUUUACGGGGAUAAAAGACAGCUGCACGACAAACGUCGGCGAAUGGAAGAAGGUAUUUGACCACAAGGAGCCUCACACCCUGCUCUUCCCCGCGCCUUGGAACCGACUCGGCAACUUCGAAAGGAUGCUGGUGCUUCGUUGCAUUCGUCCCGACAAAGUCAUGUCGGCGGCGCAAUUAUUCGUCGAAGAGCAAUUGGGCCGCCAGUUCAUCGAGCCGCCGCCCUUCGACCUGCCGGCCUCCUACGCGGAUUCCAACUCCUGCGUGCCGCUCAUAUUCGUCCUGACGCCCGGCGCCGACCCCAUGGCGAUCCUGCUGAAAUUCGCCGACGACCAAGGCUUCGGCGCCAGCAGGCUCUUCUCUUUGUCCCUGGGUCAGGGCCAAGGAGUCAUCGCCGCCGGCCUCAUUGACGAAGGCGUGAAGAACGGCACUUGGGUGGUGCUGCAGAACUGCCAUGUCGCCAAGAGCUUCAUGCCGGUCAUGGAAAAGAUCUGCGACAAUUUCACGCCGAACACGGUGCAUCCUGACUUCCGACUCUGGCUGACGAGCUACCCGUUCGAGCACUUCCCAGUCAGCGUCCUCCAGAACGGCGUGAAGAUGACGAAUGAACCGCCCAAAGGACUGCGCGCGAAUAUCAUGCGAUCUUUCUUGCAGGAUCCGAUAUGCGAGCCCGAGUUUUUCGACACGUCGUCGCAGAAGUGGACCUUCAAGAAGCUGCUCUUCUCGCUCUGCUUCUUUCACGCAGUGGUGCAGGAGCGCCGGAAAUUCGGGCCGAUCGGCUGGAACAAUCAGUACGAAUUCAACGAGACGGAUUUGCGUAUCAGCGCGCUGCAGCUCAAGAUCUUCCUCGACCAGUACGACGAUGUUCAAUACAUCGCGCUCAAGUAUCUGACGGGCGAAUGCAACUACGGCGGCCGCGUAACCGACGAGUGGGACCGACGAACUUUGAACUCGAUCUUGGAGCGGUUCUAUCGCAAGGAGGUCGUGGUCGACGAGAAAUACCCGUUCGACCCGAGCGGCCGGUAUUACGUACCGCCAGUUAGCGAAUAUAGUCUGUUCUUGGACUACGUGAAGGAAUUGCCGAUGACCACCGCGCCCAGCGUCUUCGGUAUGCACGAGAACGCCGACAUUAUCAAGGAUCAGCAGGAGUCCUACUUGAUGCUGUCCUCCAUUCUGCUCACACAGGAUGCCGGCCAUGCCGAGAUGGAGCCGGGCGCGAAGGCCCCGGAAGAGGUCGUCUACGACAUCGCGUCCGAUAUCCUGUCCAAGUUGCCACAGGAUUACGACCUAGUGGCCGCGUUGGAGCGAUACCCUACGCGCUACGAGCAGAGCAUGAACACCGUGCUGGUGCAGGAGAUGGGCAGGUUCAACAAGCUCCUGCAGACCAUCAGGGACAGCCUGGUGAACUUGCGGAAGGCGAUCCGAGGUCUGGUGAUCAUGAACCCUGAUCUCGAAGAGGUCUACUCGUCGAUAAUCACCGGCAAGAUACCGAAAUUGUGGAUGCGUAGCUCUUACCCGUCCCUGAAACCGCUCGGAAGCUACAUACAGGAUUUCCUGCGGAGACUGAAUUUCCUGCAGACCUGGUACGAGGAUGGAGCUCCCACGUCCUUCUGGAUCUCCGGCUUUUACUUCACCCAGGCGUUCCUGACCGGCGCCCGGCAGAACUACGCGCGGAAAUAUUCCAUCCCCAUCGACCUGCUGAUCUACGAUUUCUUCGCCCUAAAAGACACCGUUCACGCGAGACCGCCGGACGACGGCGUCUACGUCUACGGGCUGUUUCUCGACGGGGCCCGCUUCGAUAUGGACACGAUGAGGCUCGACGAGUCUUUGCCGAAGAUUCUCUACGACACCGUGCCCCAUCUCUGGCUGAUGCCGGUGACGAAGGAUCAGCUGCAACAGAGGAAGACGUACACAUGUCCCGUCUACAAGACGAGCGAGAGGAAAGGCAUCCUGUCCACCACCGGCCAUUCCACCAACUUUGUCAUCGCGAUUUGGCUGCCGACGGAGCACCCGCCGGAGCAUUGGAUUCUGCGAGGGACCGCCAUGCUCUGCCAAUUGUCGGAAUAAUAAAACUGAUCUUGGCUGAUGAGCAGAGAGGUCCUCGGAGAACCGAGGAUUUCCGAGGAAGUUACCUCCGAGGAAACUUAAUCGUAAGAUUUUCGAUGAUUCUCCUUUAUCAAUCAAGUAUGAUUCGCGAGAAUCGUUCGAAGACGGAGAGAAGAGUGGCUUUUUUGAAGCUUUGAAUGAAGCUAUUUUGAAAUGUACCUUGUGCCCCGAUUUUACAAUAUAAAAUGAAAAAAAAAAAUGGAACAUCUAAAUUAUUAUCACGACGGGAGUCAACGCAGAGAGUCGGCGUUUUUUCGCGAAAGAAGCCGGAAUUUCUGCCGACGUCGUCGUCUGAAAAUCGUCGGCAGAAUUUCGCGCGACGGAAAACGAAGAGUCGCGCGAUCGGCUCGUAAACGGCGUCAACCCUCUCGUCGUUCUAUUGACAAACAAUGCCAAAGAAGUGCGUACUAAAAGAGCGCUGCGGUAGCGAUCGGGUGGGGAGAGGAGGGAGGAGGAGACCAAAGAGAGAGAAGGAGAGCAAAUUCGACGAGAAAAUUGUCGGCGAAUUUAAUUAA